AUGAAUAAUAAUAUAGUUGUAAAUAUAGACAAGUCUGAGUCAUUGUACCAGAUUUUUAAAGAUCAUAAUUCAUUGAAGAAUAUUCCAAAAAUCAUUAAACUUGACAAAACAUUAACUAUUAAUGAAAAUUUAAAUAACUUAUCAUUAUUUGCAUUGCAUCCGUCUACAACAGUCCCAGUAUUUUACUCAUUUGAACCAAUUUUUCUUGAUUUAAUGUCAAGAUGGAUUAGUGACCCUACAGCUAUUGAAUAUGAAUAUAAUAGAAUUCAUAUGAAUGGUGAAUCUAAUCGAAUUCCGGGCUCCAUUAUACUUUCAGCAUUAUCCAGAUUGAUUGGAUUAUGCAACGAGUCUUUGAAUUUGACUGAAUACUUCAUAAAUAAAGUCGAUUUUUUUAUUAAUUUGAUUAACAUUUCUAAUACACUGCCAACAGUGCAUCAUGAAGAAUUAGAAUGUAUCUUGCUUGCAUUUUAUAGAUUAAUUUAUUGGAAUAUCGGCAGAUUCAAACAAUAUAUUAUACCAAAGGCUUUAUAUGCAAUCAUGAACAUUGAAGAUACCCUGUAUAAUGUUUCCAAGUUUUUAGCUAUUCAAAUUUUGUGCAGAUAUUUGAAUGCUUCUGAGAAAUCACAAAAUGAAAUGUUGAAGAGCCAUAUCGGACUAGGCGUUUCUUUAAAGGCUUCAUAUGAAUCGGAUAUGUCCAUUGAUUAUAAGUUUUUACAUUUGGUUGAAGCUAAAAGGUUGUCAAAUUUUACUAAGUUGCCAAAAGAUGUUGAUUCUGGGAAAUCAGAUAAGUUUCUUAUUGUAGAACCAAAAGAUUUGAACUCUUUGGUCACAUCUAUCUGUGGUAUAUUAGUUCCAAAUUUAAUUAGCAAAGGUGAAAAAACAAGUAAAAGCAAUUUUAAGCCAAUAGAUCUCGUUCCCACUGAAAAUUCAAUCCAGGUAUUGAGACAAUUAGCUCAUAAUAUUCAGAAUAAUAAACCGGUUAUGCUUUAUGGUAGAAGUGGUGCUGGUAAAACUUUUUUAAUUAAUCAACUUGCGCAAUACAUGUCGUACCAGGAUUCAAUUGUUAAAAUCCACUUAGGUGAGCAAACUGAUGCUAAGCUAUUAUUAGGUACUUACAGUUCUGGUGAAAAACCUGGUACUUUUCAAUGGAGGUCUGGUGUUUUAACUACUGCAGUUCAAGAAGGAAAGUGGGUCUUAAUUGAAGAUAUCGAUAAAGCACCAACCGAAGUAUUGUCGGUUUUAUUAACAUUGUUAGAGAAAAGAGAACUAACAAUUCCUUCUAGAGGCGAAAUAAUUAAGGCUAAAAAUGGCUUCCAAUUGAUUUCCACCAUAAGAAUAUCUAGCGAUUUUUCGAAAGAUGCUAUACCUGACUUAAUAGGUUUGAGGUUGUGGGAACUAAUCAAGGUUGCUGUUCCAACGGAAAUUGAUUUGAGAAAUAUUCUUGUCACUAAGUUUCCGCUCUUGAGGAACUUUAUAAUUCCAUUUAUCAAAUGUUACAAUGAAAUUCUUAGAAUUUAUUCUUUAAGCUCGUUUAUUUCUUUGAAUAAAGGCUCACACCCAAGGAAUAUAUCCUUUAGAGAUUUGAUGAAAUUCUGUGAGAGAUGUAAUAGUAUGCUCAAUAACGAAGGUAUUAAUAAUCCGAACCAAUUAUUAGAGUCGUCAGUAUAUGAUAAUAUAUUUGCUGAAGCUGUUGAUUGUUUUGGUAGUGCAGUAACAGAAUAUAAUGCAUUAGUACCAUUGAUAAAUGCAAUUGGUGAAACUUUGGAAAUUCCCUCAUCAAGAAUUAAUUUGUUUUUAAGCAAACACACUCCUGAUUUAAUUAACGAUGAUGAUAAACUCAAAAUUGGAAGAGCUAUUUUGAAAAAAUCUUUAACAGAUAGGGCAUUAUUCGUAAACAAGAAAGGAGGUAAUAAUUCGUCUUUUGCCAAAACAAACCAUUCAUUGAAAUUAAUGGAACAGAUUGGCGUUUCAAUACAAAUGGUUGAACCCGUGCUAUUGGUCGGUGAAACAGGUACUGGUAAGACAACGGUUGUUCAAGAGGUUGCGAAAAUGAUGAAUAAAAAAUUGACUGUGAUAAAUGUGUCUCAACAAACUGAAGCUGGUGAUUUAUUGGGUGGAUAUAAGCCAGUUAACACUAAAACAGUGGCCAUACCAUUACAGGAAGUCUUUGAAAAUUUGUUCAUCGCUACAUUUUCUAAAAAGAAAAAUGAGAAAUUCUCUCAAAUAUUAUCUAAAUGUUUCAAUAAAAACCAAUGGAAGAAUGUAAUUAAGCUCUGGUUUGAGGCUCUCAGAAUGGCUAAAGAUCUACUUUCUAAAUCUGAAAAUGAUUCUGAUGAAGAUGGAGAAGGUGGCCCAAAGAAAAAGCGUAAGUUGAGAUCUCAUGAAAAGUCAAUUUUAUUGGACAAAUGGAUGGAACUUGAAGUGAAGAUCAAAGAUUUUGAAAUUCAGUCCUCUUCUCUUGAGAAUUCAUUUGUCUUUAAUUUUGUUGAAGGAUCCUUAGUUCAAGCAGUCAGAAAUGGUGACUGGUUGUUAUUAGAUGAAAUCAAUUUAGCUUCUUCUGAUACAUUGGAAAGUAUUGCUGACUUAUUAUCUGAAUCUUUAGAGCAAAGAUCCAUUUUGUUGACUGAAAGGGGUGAUGUUGAAUCAAUUAGAGCACACAAGGAUUUUAGAAUAUUUGGUUGUAUGAAUCCUUCUACAGACGUCGGUAAGAAAGAUUUACCUUUAAGUAUUCGGUCUAAAUUUUCAGAGAUUUAUGUACAUUCGCCAGAUAGAGAUAUUCAAGAUUUAUUAUCCAUUGUUGAUAAGUACAUUAACAGGUAUGCAGUUGGAGACGAAUGGGUUGGUAACGAUAUAGCUGAAUUAUAUUUGGAAGCUAAAAGAUUAGCAGAAUCCAACAAAAUUGUUGAUGGUGCAAACCAAAAACCACACUUCAGUAUUCGUACGUUAACAAGAACAUUAAUUUAUGUACGUGAUAUUGUAUCUAUUUAUGGUUUGAGAAGAUCUUUAUAUGAGGGAUUUUGUAUGGCAUUUUUGACGUUGUUGGAUGUUAAAUCUGAGGAGAUUUUGAAACCAAUAAUUGUUAAAUAUACAAUUGGAAAAUUGAAAAAUGCCAAAUCAGUGAUGAGUCAAUGCCCACCACCACCAGCAAAUAAUCCUGAUGACUUUGUUCAGUUCAGACAUUACUGGAUGAAGAGAGGACCUGGCGAGCCUCUUGAUCAACCAGACUAUAUUAUUACCCCUUUUGUUGAAAAGAAUUUACUUAAUUUAGUAAGAGCAACAGCCGGCAGAAGAUUUCCAGUAUUAGUUCAAGGUCCUACGUCUGCAGGUAAGACUUCUAUGAUCAAAUAUUUGGCAAACAUAACAGGCCAUAAAUUUGUCCGUAUCAAUAAUCAUGAACAUACUGAUUUACAAGAAUACCUAGGAACAUUUGUGUCAGACUCUACAGGUAAAUUAAUUUUUAGAGAAGGUAUUUUAGUUGAAGCUUUACGUAAAGGACAUUGGAUAGUAUUAGACGAGUUGAAUCUUGCACCUACAGAUGUCCUUGAAGCCUUAAACCGUUUACUUGAUGAUAAUAGAGAAUUAUUUAUACCAGAGACUCAAGAGGUAGUUCAUCCUCAUCCUGAUUUCAUGAUAUUCGCUACCCAAAAUCCACCUGGUCUCUACGGUGGUAGAAAAAUGCUUUCAAGAGCUUUCAGAAAUAGAUUUUUGGAAUUGCAUUUUGACGAUAUUCCUCAAGAUGAAUUAGAAAUAAUUUUAAAAGAAAGGUGUAAAAUUGCACCUUCAUAUGGGAAGAAAAUUGUUGAAGUUUAUAGGCAAUUAUCCUUUCAACGUCAAUCGACAAGAUUAUUUGAACAAAAGAAUUCGUUUGCUACUUUGAGAGAUUUGUUUAGAUGGGCACUUAGGGAUGCAGUUGGAUACGAAGAAUUAGCUGCAAAUGGUUAUAUGUUGUUAGCUGAGAGAGUUAGGAAGGAAGACCAAAAAAGAGUAGUCAAGGAAACCAUUGAAAAAGUAAUGAAAGUUAAGUUGGAUAUGGAUUCAUAUUAUGAAAAAUUGGAAAAUAAAGCUUUGAUGAAUAUAAGCUCAUCAAUAGUAUGGACAAAGGCUAUGCGUCGUUUGGCAGUCCUUGUUUUUACUUCUAUGAAAUAUAAUGAGCCAUUAUUAUUAGUUGGUGAAACUGGAUGUGGUAAGACUACGGUCUGUCAAAUCAUUACAGAGUUUUUAGGAAAGGAACUAAUAACAAUUAAUGCUCACCAGAAUACAGAAACAGGGGAUCUCUUAGGAGCCCAAAGACCAAUUCGUAAUAGAUUCGAAACACAGAGUACGUUGUUUAAUAAUUUGAUUAGUCUUUUCGAAAUUCUUGGAGUUGAAAUAAAGCUUGAGGACUCAAAGUUGGAUGAUUUAAUCAAGAAGUAUAAUUCUAUUACAUCAUUUGAGAACGUGGAUCCUGAACUUAUUUCUGCAAUAGAAGAGGGCAAAAGAAAUAGUGCAGCUUUAUUCGAGUGGAAUGAUGGUCCAUUAAUUCAUGCUAUGAAAGAAGGUAAUAUUUUCUUACUUGAUGAAAUUUCCUUAGCUGAUGACUCAGUAUUAGAGAGAUUAAACUCUGUCUUAGAACCAGAAAGAAGUAUUUUAUUAGCAGAAAAAGGUGUUGAUGAUGCGUUUAUUACGGCUCAUGAAGGCUUCGAUUUUUUGGCCACCAUGAAUCCGGGUGGUGACUAUGGUAAGAAAGAAUUAUCUCCAGCUUUGAGAAAUCGUUUUACAGAAAUUUGGGUGCCUUCAAUGGAUGACUUUGAUGAUGUUAGACAGAUAGUUUCUUCUAAAUUGAAUCAUAGAAGCAGAGAUCUUUGUGAGCCAUUAGUCCAAUUUUCAGAAUGGUAUGGCAAAAAAUUUGGUGCUGGUCAAAUUAAUAGUGGUGUAAUUUCGCUUCGUGAUAUUUUAGCUUGGGUUCAAUUUAUAAACUCUUGUGACGAUGAAGUAAGUACAGAAGCCACAUUACUUCACGGUGCAUCAAUGGUAUUCAUUGAUGCUUUAGGUACGAACAACACGGCGUACUUGGCAGAAAAUGAAGCGAGAUUGAAGGACCUGAAGUUAGAAUGUGUCAAAAAGUUAUCAGAAUUUUGUGGAUGUGAUUUAUCGAUAUAUUACAGUGAUAAAUUCACGGUUGACUUGAGACAAGAUAUGAUAUCCUUUGGAUUGUUUUCUAUUCCAAGAGUUGAAGGUUCAAGAGUAAAUGAUUCUUUCAAUUUACAUGCUCCCACUACUGCAACUAACGCUAUGCGUGUUGUUAGAGCCAUGCAAGUGCAUAAACCCAUCCUAUUAGAAGGAAGUCCUGGUGUAGGAAAAACUAGUUUGGUAUCGGCCUUAGCGAAAGCAUCUGGUAACUCGUUGAUUAGAAUUAAUUUGUCAGAGCAAACAGAUUUGGUUGAUUUGUUUGGUUCAGAUGCUCCAGCAGAAGGUGGAAAGGCCGGAGAAUUUACUUGGAGGGAUGCUCCAUUUUUAAGGGCUAUGCAGAAGGGUGAAUGGGUUUUAUUAGAUGAAAUGAAUUUAGCCUCUCAAUCUGUAUUAGAAGGAUUAAAUGCUUGUUUGGAUCAUCGUGGUGAAGCCUACAUUCCUGAGUUGGAUAAAUCAUUUACCUGUCAUCCUGACUUUGUUGUUUUCGCAGCACAAAAUCCUCAAUAUCAAGGAGGAGGAAGAAAAGGUUUACCUAAGUCUUUUGUUAACAGAUUCACUGUUGUUUAUGUCGAUGUUUUAAAAUCAGAAGAUUUGAACUUAAUUUCACAACAUCUAUUCCCAAAUAUAGAUGGUGAUACUUGUUCCAAGAUUAUUAGGUUCAUGUCUGAAUUGGAAAGAGAAGUCGUCAUUGACCGGAGGUGGGGAUCUUCAGGAGGCCCAUGGGAGUUCAAUCUUCGUGAUACAUUACGUUGGUUGGAACUAUUCAGUUCUAAGAGUAUCUGUGGAGAUUUGACUGCUGGUGACUUCUUAAAUAUGAUUGUUUGUGAGAGAUUUAGAUCUAAAGACGAUCGGUUGAAGGCUAGAAUUCUUUUUGAGUCCAUAUUUGGCUCAAAAGUGGAUCGUGAUAACGUCUACUCUAUAGGUGAUGAUUUUGUUCAAGUUGGAUCUGCAUUUAUCGGAAGAAAACAAGUUGUCCAACAUUUAACUGGCUCUAAGUUGAUUCCCUUACAAUGCAAUUUUCCUUUCAUAGAAUCUGCGAUUCAUAGCAUCAACCAAAAUUUACCGUUAAUUCUCGCAGGUCCAACUAACUCAGGUAAAACCGAAUUGAUAAGAUUUAUAGGGGAUAUCGUUGGUGCAAAAAUUGAUGAAUUUGCCAUGAACAGUGAUGUUGAUAGUAUGGACAUUCUUGGUGGAUAUGAACAGGUAGACCUUACAAGAGCUAUAGUUGCUCUUACGGCAAAGGUUCGUAAUUUAUUAGUUGAUUUAGCAAUUAUUAAUUUAAGUUUGGAACAUACAGAACCUACUAUUUUAUUGCAAGCUUUGGAAUUAAUCAACUAUAUUGAUACCAAAGAAAUUGAAAUUGCAAAUUACAAUGAAUUUCACAAUUUCUUCAAGUCUUAUUUAUCAUUCUACUCAAAUGACGACCUUAUUACUAUGUAUAAAGAGUCACAAGAUUUAGGGAAGAAAAUAGAAGAAAACAAGAGCGUGAAAUUUGAAUGGUUUGAUGGUCUCUUAGUAAAAGCUGUUGAAAAAGGUAAUUGGUUAAUUUUAGACAAUGCAAACCUCUGUAGUCCAUCAGUUCUUGACAGAUUGAACUCGUUAUUAGAAACAAAUGGUACAUUAAUUAUAAACGAAUGCAGCUCCGAAGAUGGUAAACCAAGGAUGAUUACGCCUCAUCCGAACUUCAGAUUAUUCUUAACUAUGGAUCCAAAGCAUGGUGAACUAUCGCGAGCAAUGAGAAAUAGAGGUAUUGAGCUUUUCAUGGAUUCAAUUAAAGAAAGGAUGACAAAGUUCGACUGCAAUAUUCUCGGGUUCCCAUUUAACAAACAAACAGAUAAAGAUUUAGAGGAAAAAAUGGAAAACUUGGAAGUUAAUGAGGUUGUGUUCAGACCCUCAAUGUCAUUUAUUGCCGCAAAUUUGUCUACAUUGAGACCUUAUGCAUUAUUAAAUGAUAUAUUUGACAGAUAUAACGAAAAGAGUACGAAUGAAAUUAUAAAUGUUAUUUCAAGUAUAAUUCCUUUUGUUUGUUUGCAAGAAGUAGAAAAUUGGAGAGACUCUGUUUGCUCAUCUACAGAAUUUGAUUCGCAACAUAAAUUGUUUUCGAAUGAAUUGAUUGCGAGGUUGAAGCUUUUGGAAGAGCAAGGCAUACUAGGAAGAUUAUCUGGUAUGUAUUCUCCUGUAGAGAAAAUGAUUAAUGGAGUGAAUGAAAGUGUCAGGAAUUUUGUCAUAUAUCAAUCACUUCAUCCACUUACUAAUUACUAUUAUCACAAUUUUAUUUCUAAAGAAGCAUCAUUUUUUGACUCACCAGAACCAACUUUGUUAUUUGAAUCCGCAGCAGGGAUAUUGGAAUCUUCCAAUUCUUUGAAGAACUUAGAGGAUAAGUCGAUGCACGGUAAAAUUAGUGAUUUAUCAUACAUCGAAAGAUCAGCAGCAUUUCAGCUUGGUAGAAAUAUCAAAAAAGUUCCUAGAUUGGAUAUAUAUCGUCUUGUGAAAAGUGUCACGGAAUUCAUAUCCAGAGUUUUCAAAAGCAGCUCAAAAGAUGUGAUAUUUUCCUCUGAAAGGCUAUACAGAGCAUUGUUUGAUUUAUAUGCAAUCUGGAAGAGCUUGUUGGAUACUGCUAGUGAACUGAACGAAUCUAAGUUAAGAGUUUAUAAAGAUUUGAUUCAUUCAUGGAUUGAACACUAUAGGGCAGAUCCAUUCAUUGUAGAAUUUGUUGAGGAACUUCAGGUAUCUAUUGAUUCAUUUGGGGAAGCUUUAGAUUUGAGUUCAGGAUUUUCAAUGGCUAUAAUUUGGGAACAGUUUAGGAGGUCGUACCCUCUUACAGAUAUUUCUUGGAGUAAUGCGGAAACCCUUUUUGGAAUUGCAAAAGAAUUCGAUGCAGUAGCACAAGAACAGUUAAAUGAUACAAAUGUUGCAGUAUCGAACUUGAGGAGUGCAAUUCUUGGUCUUUAUCAAGAUAUUGUGUUAAAUACCAUAACUGAUGAUGAUUUUUCAGCGAUAUCUGAUGACUUGAUGGCAGGAAUUUCUAAAUUAAAAGAUAUGUCAAGCACUUUUGUUUAUAAACGUCAUAAUGAAUUUAAGAAUGAAUUUUCGUUAUUGUCAAAUUUUGUUGAAUGUUCAUUGAAUAAUAGCGCUAAUAAUGAUAAUUCUGAGCUAUUAUCGUUAGCCACUUUAUCUGGUCGUUCUACUUUCUCAUUAUUGAGGUCAUCGGAUUCUAAUAUUUUUAAUCCAUAUCCAUCGGUAUUUGACAAUCUAUGGACCAUUAAAAAUGGAAAAUGCCACUCGUUAGUUCCAGGACUUUUUUCUUAUGAAAUAAUUUCAUCAACGUUAUCUAAAAGUCAAAAGUUUUCAUCAUAUCCAGGGCAGAAUUUACAACAAAAUCUCGAAGACAUUCAAAUAUUUACUGAUAGUCUUGUGAACAAUUCAAACUCAAUUCUAAAGGACCAAGUUGAAUUAUUUAGUGGAUUGUUGAUUUCUUGGUUUGCUAAAAUCGCUGAAGCUCAUAUUCUGUCAUUUAAGCCUGAUGAUCGUGAAAUUUUAAUCGAUUUGAUAAAUACUUUGGCGUCCACUAAGGAAUCCAUUGAAUUUCUUAUUGAUAUUAUCAAGAGGUCUGAUGAUGGUCAAUUUAUUGUUGUUUGUGAAAAGUUCAUCUUCCCUUCUUUAUUCCUUGCAACAUCUGCUCAAUCAUUGAAGAUUCUAGGGAAAGCUUGGAUUCUAUUCUCUUGUGGUGCAAUUCAAUUGUACGUACCAAGUUCUGCAUACGAUCCUGCAAUUAGGGAGCAUGUAAUUUACAAAAGAUUUAUUGAACAGCAAGCAUCGGCACAAAAUAUGAUGUUAGCAUGGAAGUCAGCAAGGGAGGUCCUAUACGGUGACGCUGAGAUUCAUGCUGAAACUGUUAUGCCACCAGUGAAUAAUUCUGAAGGACCUCAAAAGCCGCGAGUUUUCAGAAGUCCUGGUCUGAUUGACCACCUUUUUGAGGAGUGGAAAGCAUUUAUGGACUCUACUGUUGAUAUCGAACCGGUUAUGAAUCUUUUGAGCUCCGCUGAAGAAUUAGUCGAAGCUAGCAAUAAAAUGAUAGAUAUUUUCCAUAAUAAUUCUUCCCAAUUUUUGUUACGUUUAGAUCAGAAGUUUAUGAUUUAUUCGGACCUUAAUGAUAUUUUACGUGGUUACGUUUAUGGUUUAAAAUUUGGGUUCGAUUUGUUAUCAAUGGGAAUAGAGAAUUCUAAGAAAAGAUUUGAAUUCAGUGACGUGUGGUCUAUUAACGUUUCAGAAUUGGCUGAUCAGUCCAAGGUUCUUGAAAUAUUCCCGGCCGCAAGAGAAUUUUGUAAAAGUCUAGGUGCUGAUUCCAUUGCCUCUGAGCAUAUUAUGUUGUUUUUUAUUAGAUUAUGCUUUGCCCAUAAAAAUAAUAGUUCAGACGACUCUCUUGAACCUAUUGUACAACAGGCUCUACAAUCCAUAUACUAUAGGUGGUCAUUACGUCGUAUGAAGGCAGAAGAAGAGAGCUCGAUUCAAAGUAGUUUAUACAAAUAUUCAGAUCCUUCUACCGAUAUUGAAGAUGAUUUUAAAUCGUUGUUCCCAGACUACGAAGACGUUAUGAAUGUGGAAAUUGAUUCAAGUGCGAAGAAUGAUUCCUUUGAGGAAAUUUAUGUUAAUAUUGGUAAGAUAUAUGUUGAUGCAUUUUUGUCUAGACAACAAGAUGACUUACCAACAUUAGUGAACCAGGGAUCUGAGUUAUGCGAAUUAUUAGCGAAUUACAAGGAAAGCUUUAAAUUCCAAAGUAAUAACUCGCCAAUAUUAUCAGCAUUAAUAACUAGAUUAACAUCAUCAUUCAAUGAAUUAACUAAAAGUACACUUGAUAUUGACUUUUACCGUGGAAGCAUUCCAAGCGAGUUUAAGCGAGCAAUGUCAAUUAUAACUUCAGUGCACAUGUUUACUUUGAAAUUAUUAGAGCAAUGGCCAGAACAUGCUACAUUACAAAAUAUUGCAAGAGCUUGUGGCGAAUUUUUAACUUUUCCUAUGAAUUGUCCAAUUUACAGAUUAUUACAAAAGAUAGAACAAAUUUAUACGUAUAUCUCUGAAUGGGAAAAAUAUGCACAUAGUCAAGUUUCUCUCAAGUCUAGUUUUGAUGAGUUGACCCAGCUUAUAGUUUCUUGGAGGAAAUUGGAAUUAUCUGCGUGGAAAUCUCUUUUAAAGAAUGAAGAUGAACUGGCUGAGAGAAGUAUAGGAAAAUGGUGGUUUUACUUAUUUGAGACUAUUAUUAUUCCUAACUUUUCUAACCAGGAAAAGGAAGAAAUGCCAGUAGUGAAAUUAUUAGCGGCUUUGAAUGUAUUCAUGAGUCAAACGACUUAUGGUGAAUUUAUUCCAAGAUUGAAUUUGAUUAGGGCGUUUACCAAUCAUGUUGGCAUCAUUUCACCUGGGGAAGUUAUUCAUGAUGCACUUUCUAAUUUAGUUACCUUUUAUGAACAAUUUGUUUCCAUUGUCGAAGAAAAUAUAAGUAAUGGAAAGAAAAAAUUAGAAAAAGACAUAUCAGAGAUUAUAUUACUUGCAAGUUGGAAAGAUGUCAAUAUCGAUGCCCUUAAACAGAGUGCUCGUCGUUCCCAUAAUAACCUUUAUAAGAUCGUUAGGAAGUAUCGUGCAUUAUUGGCUACUUCGGUAUCUGGAAUUAUUGAACAGGGUCUUCCAGAGACCCAAAAAGUCUCUAUUGUUACGACUGAAAUACCUAGUGUGCGUGGCUAUGUCUUCGAUUCAAACAUUGUUACAAAUGCCUGUCAAGAAAUAUCAUCAUGGAUCGAAAGACCUAGACGUCUCCAGGACAUUACUAUGAUUGAUAGAAAUAUGGAUAUAUAUAUAUCCCGUAUUAUCAAUGAAGAGUUGCCAAGUUUCUAUGAUUAUACAAAAGAAUUAUUAGAGGAAAUGGAACGUUUACGCAAAGAGACCCCAAAGGAAUUAAAAGAAAGCAAUAAGAAGCAUAUAUCUGCCUUGAAGACUCAAAAACGAAAACUCUUAAGUGAUACGCUACGGGAGCUUAGGAGAAUUGGUUUGAAAACAAGCCAUAGAGCUGAUAUUCAUAAGGUUCAAUCUACUGUUAAUGCUAUUUUAUGCAACACUAGGAGCUUCGAAGGCUCAAUGCUUAAGGGAUGCGAUAAGUACUAUUUUAGAGUAUUAGAUAUUAUUCCGCGUUUGAAAGCAGCUGUUUCCAAUGUAGCUGAAGAUGUUCCUCAAGUCGAUGCAGAGAAAGGUCUUGCUGCCGCUGAAAAUCUUAUAUUUUCGUUAAUAUCUAUUCGUACCCCAUUAUUUGAGUUUGCAACUUCUGUUUCUAAAAUGGACGAAUUAUAUGGUUCAUUUGAGUAUUUGACAAAUUCAGAGGACUCUAAGGAUGCACUAGGAGAAACAACAAUCAUUGCAUCGACCAAGUCGAAUUUGAUUGAAAUUGAGAACACUUUAUUCUGGCUUCCUAAAUUAUUGGACUAUGCUUUACAUGUUAUCCAGUCCAGCUUUAAGUUCUCCGAAUCGACUAGCACAGAAAUGUAUUAUAAAGCUAAGGCUAAUAUUAACGAAUUACUCAAUGACUUAUCUGGUAUUGACAAGAAUGUUACCAAACAAGAGAACAUUGAGUUUAUUGAAAAGUUCAGGAUUUUUUAUCAAAAUUUAAUUGAAAAUUUGAGUUCUUGGAAGCAAGCUAAUAAGAAAUUAUUCUUCGUUUCAGAUACAAUUUUAACAUGGAUAGAAUCAAGAAACUAUACACCAUUUGUGAACAGCUCUACUUCGAUAACUGAACUCAGGACUUUAGAAGACAUAGAGAAAGCAUUCCGUGAUUUGACUACGUUCAUUUUAUUAACUGUUCAAAAAGUUACUGCAAACCAAUCUGAACCAAUAAGUGAAAAUGAUGAUAAUUGGUUAAUGCUUACACAACAGAGAAUGGUAAAAUAUAUUAAAUAUAUGCACAGUGGCAGAAUGAUUCAGAAAAUGCAACACUGCUUUGAUAUAAUAUCGAAGGUUCAACAUAAUUCCGAAACAUCCAGAUUGACUUCAGCUCUUGCUGGCUUCACAUUGCCCCUUAUUCGACACUAUUAUAAAUUAGCAUUGACAAUCCUUGAUAAAACUAGAUCUAACUAUACUUCAACAUCACAUGCAACCUUUAUUUUAACAUCAUCUCUCCAUACAUUAGCCACUAAGGGUUUCUGUUCCCCAGAACCCCCAUCUGAUCAAAAGGAAAACGACAAUUUACAAGACGGUACAGGAUUAGGUGAUGGAGAUGGGGCAAAUAAUAACUCUAAGGACAUUGAACAAGAUGAUGAUUUGACAGAAGAUGCCCAACAACCUAAUGAAGACAAUAAAGAUAAAGAUGAUAAAGAUGAAGAAGAUGAUGACAAUGCAGUUGACAUGGAGGGUGAUAUGGCUGGUGACCUCGAAGAAGCUUCUGAUCAAGAUAAUAAUGAUGCAGAAGAUGAUGAAGACGAUGAAGAGUUAGAUGAAGAGGUUGAUGAUAUUGAUGACCUCGAUCCAAACGCCAUCGAUGAAAAGAUGUGGGAUGAGGAAGCUAAAGAGGAUAAUAAAGAAAAGGAUUCAGAUAAAAUACCGGAAAACUCAACAAAUGAUGAUGAUAACAUGGAAGCUAAGGAAGAUGAGGAAAAAGGAUCCGAUGAUAAGAAUAAGCAACAAGAUGAUACUAAAUCUAAUGAAGAUCAAGAAGAAAACGAGGACAAUAAUGAAGAUGAAAAUGAAGAAGGUGACGACAAAGAUGUAGGGGAACAGGAAGAUGAAGUUCAGAACAAGGAAAAUGAACAGCUCGAAGAGCACGUUCCUGAAAGUGAAGUCCUUGAUCUUCCAGAAGAUAUGAAUCUUGAUUCUGGCGAUGAAGAAAAAGAAGAUAAUGAAGAUGAAGGUGAUGAUUUUGAAGAUAAGAUGGAUGUUGAUCUUGAUGAUGAAAAGAGCGAAGUAAAAGAAGAAGAGAAGGAUGCAAUAGAAGAAGAGGAGAAUAAGGCUGAAAGUGGAGAAGGAGAAGAAGACGAAGAAAAUGAAGAAGAUGAUGAUGAGAAUGGUGUAAACGAUCAGGAUAAUGAUAUUUCGGAGGAACCAAACGAUGAAGGUUUUGAUUCAGAUGAAGAUAUUGCCAAAGAUAAAGGAAAGGAAGAAGAGGAAGAAGAUAAAGAAACUGGUGGAAAUGAUAAGGAUUUAAACCAAGAGACAGCUGAGGGUGUUGAUGGUGCAGAUGAUGAUGCUGCUAAUGAGGACAUGGACAUGGAAUCAGCAGUGAAACAGGAAUCAGGAGAAAAGGGAGAUGGUUCAGAUAACCAGGUUAUCGAGGAAAAUGACGAUAUAGGGGCAACUGGAGGCGCAUCAGCGGACUCUAACCAAGAAGAUACAGAAAAAGAUAACGAAACUCCAGAUGAUGCUCGUGACAUGGCCAAAGAAUCAUUGAAACAAUUAGGCGACUCGUUAAAAGAGUUUCAUCGUCGUAGACAAGAAAUUAAAGAGUCUUCGAUUGAAGAGAAGCUGGAAGAUGUUGAAAAAUCGGCAAAUGAAAGGCCUGAUGAAUUUCAACACGUUGACGGUGAAAAUGCAGAUUUUGACACUCAGGCACUAGGUGCAGCAGAUAAGGACCAGACUCAAGCUAUUGAUGAAGACAAAGCCAUUGAUGACGAAGAAGAGGCAGCAAAUGAAGAGAAACAAGAAAUUAAAGAAGAAACUGAAGAGAUUAAAGAGGAAGAUAGAAUGGAUAUUGAUGAUAAUGCUGAAGAAGUGGAAGAUCAAAAGGCCGACCCUGAAGCCGAUUUUGAAGGUAAAUCAAAGGGAAUAUUUAUGAAUGACAAAAGGCUUGCCGAGGAAGACAACUUGAUUAUAAAUAGCGAAUUAAACGAGAUGGAGAAUAUGUUAGAUGAAGAAAUGGAUAUUGUUAAUGAUGGGGACCACGAAGAUAAUGAUGAUGUUCCUCCUAUUGAGAUCGAGGAAGCCCGUGAAUUGUGGAAGACUAGUGAAUUAGCCACACAAGAACUAGCAUCUGGUUUAUGUGAACAAUUAAGAUUAAUUUUGGAGCCAACAUUAGCUACUAAAUUACGAGGUGAUUACAAGACUGGUAAGAGACUUAAUAUGAAGAGAAUUAUUCCUUACAUUGCAUCUGAUUUUAGAAAAGAUAAGAUUUGGUUAAGAAGAACUAAGCCGUCGAAGAGGCAAUAUCAAAUUAUGAUUGCAGUUGAUGAUUCUAAAUCUAUGAGUGAAUCUAAAUCUACGGAAUUAGCAUUCCACAGUAUAGCAUUAGUAUCAAAGGCCUUAACACAAUUAGAAAGUGGUGGAUUAUCGAUUGUAAAAUUCGGAGAAAGUGUUAAGGUUGUUCAUCCAUUUGAUAAACCAUUUAAUAACCAACAGACCGGUUCUAGUAUUUUCCUGUGGUUUGAUUUCCAACAAACUAAGACUGAUAUCAAGAAGCUAUGCACAGAAUCAUUGAAAAUAUUUGAAAGUGCUAAAUCUACAGCAAAUAAUGACUUAUGGCAAUUGCAGAUUAUAAUUUCGGAUGGUGUUUGUGAGGAUCAUGAUACAGUACAAAGGUUAGUGAGAAAGGCUAGAGAAGAAAAAAUUAUGUUAGUUUUCGUGAUUGUUGAUGGAAUUAAUUCAAGUGAAUCUAUUUUAGAUAUGAGCCAAGUUAAUUAUGAAACUGACCCAAGUACGGGGGCUAUGAACUUGAAAGUCAAUAAAUACUUGGACACCUUUCCAUUUGAGUUUUUUGUGGUUGUUAGAAAUAUCAAUGAACUUCCUGAAAUGCUUUCCAUGGUAUUAAGACAAUACUUUACUGAAGCUGCUUCUAUUUAG